UCGUUGCCAGACAACCCAACCGCGCUGGUCGUCACGGAUGGCGCAGGUCAAUCGAAGUGGACCGUCACUAUCCCACACAAUGCGAGCUUCCCACUGCGCGCUGAGCAAUACGCAGACAUCUGUAGGCAAGGUGAAGAUGCCCGAAGCAAGCUUAUAAAAGGAUCUCGCUUCGGACGAUUAGCGGAAGCACACUGGAAGCCAUCGUACUACUCCCGCGAUUGGACCUUUCUCGAUGUCGCUGAUGCAGAGCAGAGCGGUGCCUUACCGAUUGUGUCAGAGGGGCUGGCGGAGAACGUCUGCAGUAGGAGCUUGACGUUUGUGAUGGACACUGAAGAUGCGGGUUUCGGCAAGACGCUCUUGUUGUUAUGGCUGAGUUAUGGCCUUGCGAAGAAAGAGGGCAGAGCCUUCUUUGUCGACGACACGAACUGGCCGUACGGGAAUUACAGCUCUUAUUUUGCACCACCACCAGUUCAGCGUUGCCCGCCACCGCCUCGGCAUGAGAUCCUGCCUUGUCCACAUCAAACUCGGCAUCUAGUGGUCUCUGCUGCAACCGCUCCGUGGACGUUCGGCGCUUUGUUUGAGCGUGCAUUCAUGCGGCAUGACAGAGACGGCGCGGAUCAACACAAAGACAUCUAUGCUUUGCUUCACAAGGGCUACAAAGCCUUGUUCGAGCUCAGAGGCGACGACGCUCUAUACGCAAGAGAUCGGGCCGCGCAGCUUCGGAAGGCUGCCUUACAGAACCAUGGGGCUGUAGUGUCCAUGCACAUCCGCCGCGGCGACUUGCACCCGCACGAGUAUCAGUACACUCGCGAUUACCUGCCACUCGAACGAUAUGCCGUCGGUGCUCAGUCUCUCUUUCGCUUCUUGCUGUAUCCGGAUAGCGUCAGCGGCGAUUCUCUCGACUUCUCCGCAAACCCGCGAUAUCAGCAUUCUCCUUUGCUGCUCGCUUCUGACGAUCCGGACAUCGUGUCGUCAACCGAACUGUCACAAGCCAUUGCACCAUGGAGCCUCCUGCGCGCACAGGAGCGCAUACAGCUGGCCUCGAAGUCUGCCCUGGAUCAAGUCGCACCCGUCCAGCCCAUCAGACAGCAAGGUUCAGCUUACGUCAAGCAUGUGGACGAGAACUCGGGCUGGGAAGGCGGUUUCUACCCCGAUCUAUUCUACUCAAUCGGCAAGCCGAGAAAAAAGUUGCGCAAUGGCGAACUUGCGCUUGCGGAUGGCUCUGGGCCAGUCACAGACCAAGCCAUGCGUAUGCGGGAGUUCAUAGGGAGGGCUUACUUGCUGGACCUCGCGGUUCUGAGCAAAAGCGAUGGUGUGGUCUGCGCGGUCAGCAGUGCUACUUGUCGCUUGCUGGGCGUUAUGAUGGGGUGGGAGGCGGUGCGGGAUGGGAAGUGGGUCAAUGUGGACGAUGGGAGAGGUUGG